AUGCCCGACCCCAAAGACCCCUCAAGGAUAGUUACGACGACCACAACGACGACUUUCUCCAUGGCCAAGGACAUGGCACGCUCCAUCUGCCAAAAGUUCCUCGAAGCGAGAUUCAUCGAGUCGGCCGAUGGAAAGUACCAACAGGUGUACAACAUGAAGGGUUCCGUGUGGCAAUUGACGCCCAAGGGCGUGACCGUGUUGGAUCGCUUCUGCUCACGCAACGGUAUCCAACAAAAGUCGAUAUCCGACUUGGUUGGCGCAACACUCUCGCAACUCGUCAUUCUCGAGCGGGACGGCCAGACGGACAAGCUCAUCACGGAUCGCGGCACAAUUGAGGUCAUUUUCAGGAGAUUCAUUGGAACACACGGCCCCAAUGUCAAAUCGAGCGUCAGCUCAGCCGACUCGGACUCACUUAGCGACUACAAGGAUGGCUUGACUGGUGUCAAGAUGGCUAGCGAGCGUAAGGUGAACGGCAAGACGUACAAAGAUACCUUUACUGGCAAGGCCGCCACUGAUUGGUUGAUGGACUGCUGCACAACCGUAGACAGGCGGGAGACGUACGACAUCGCGUCCCUGUUCGUGGAGUACGACUUGAUGGAGCCCGUGGUACAAGACCGUGCUCAUAUGGCACAAUAUCCCAGCAAUAACCUAUUCCAGCCCACAAAGCAUGCCAUUUACCAAUUGACAGCAAAGGGCAAGGAUCUGAUCAACGGUCUCGGUUCGCGGGGAAGAACGUCAGAAAGCGAGGUCGUCACACCCUCUCGUAACGCUAUCGCGCGAGACUCCAACACCCAACGGCUCGACAAGAUUCUCAACGACGCGGCCCUUCGUCUGCUAUUCAGAGAAAACCUGCGCGAAACACAUUGCGAGGAGAAUCUUUCCUUUUACCUCGACGUCGACGACUUUGUUCGAAGCUGCCGGCAGGCGAUUCGGAUCGCGCAGAAGAACCCCAAUGCGAGCUCAAUGGACGGCAUCAAGGAGAUCAUGGCCCAGGCAUACGGGAUUUAUAACGCAUUCCUCGCCCCCGGCUCUCCCUGCGAGUUGAACAUUGACCAUCAGCUUCGCAACAACCUGGCGACUCGAAUGACCAAGGCUGUCGGACAGGAUGUAGCCAUGAUCGAUACUUUGCAAGAGGUCAUGUCUUUGUUUGAAGAUGCCCAGAACGCAGUUUUUAAACUGAUGGCAAGCGACUCGGUUCCCAAAUUCCUGAGGAGCCCCAAGUACGAACACACCCUGAAGAACUACGAUUUCGACUCAGUCACCAGCGGCGGCCGCGGCUUGGAGCGAAGCACGAGCCGAUCGAACCGCAAAUGA